AUGGAGACAUCCACACGUGAAAGGCUUCGUUACCACGCUGGGGACGUUGAGAUGACAGGACCACAUAGUCGCAUCAAAUGCAGCCGCAGCUCAGAAUCGGAACGCCAGUCAAGCCCAAACAUCGGUUCAAUAGCAGAGCCAGUGUCCAAGCGUUUGGAAGAUGAAUCAGAGCCUCCUGUCGAGGCUGUCGUCGUCUGUGAAAUGGAUGUAGGAUCCAUGAUGUCCCAGCUUCAGCAACUUAGAUUCUCAGUUUGA